AUGUCUGAUAAAGAAGAGGAACGUGAAACCGAAACGCAAGAUGACGAAUUGUCGAAGGAGGAUAGACUUGAGGCUGCGCGUAAGAAGUUUGAAGAGAUGAAGAAAAAAAAAAAGAAAGGAAAAAAGAAGAAGAAGGAUGACGACAAAGCUGACUCUCCCACACCAGAUGCUGUAGAAACAGAAGACAAAGACGUGGCAGUUAAGGAAGCAAACUCGGAAUCAGCUUCAUUGGAUGCUCCUAAAGAGACAGAAUCCCAAGGUCUGGAGCCUAAAGUUGAUUUACCCUCUGUAUCUGACACUGUACAAAACGCCGAUAACAAACAAGCAGCAAUAAGCAUGAGUGAUGAUAAGACGAAUACUGAAUCUGCUGAUCCCAGCUCUGAGGUGCCAUCAUUAAAGGCUACAAUUGAGCAGCAAAAAGCAACAAUCAAUAAACUUCGUGAUGAGAUCACCGACUUGAAACUCGAUCGAAUGGAUCUCAAAGAUAAGAUUAAUGAGCUUGAAAAGAAACUUGCCGCUGGAGGCACUGCUAAACUUCCCGAAACCCCCAAGUAUUAUCCUGCGAAACCGGUAAUUACCACCAAUAAGUUUGCUUCGGCAUCAAAAGAGGAUAUAAAUGCAGUCACCACAGAUGAUUUCAGAGAACGAUUAUUAGCAUGGAAAGGAUGGCAGGUGGACAUGACGCCAUGGACCAAUGGCCAAAAGAUAUCAUUGUAG